CUCAACAUGAAGACCCUCCUGCUAUUGGCAGUGAUCAUGGCCUUUGGCUAUCUGCAGGCUUAUGGGAAUAUACUGAAUUUCCGGAAAAUGAUAAAGUUGACAACAAGAAAGGAAGCCGCAACCAGUUAUGGCUUCUAUGGUUGCCACUGCGGUCUGGGUGGCAAAGGGUCCCCCAAGGAUGCCACGGAUCGGUGCUGUGCUGUCCACGACUGUUGCUACAGACGUCUGGAGAAACGUGGGUGUGGCACUAAACUUCUGAGCUACAAGUUUAGCAACAGGGGGAGCAAAAUCUUCUGUGCGAAGCAGGACUACUGUAGGAGUCAGCUGUGUGAAUGUGAUAGAAACGCCGCCAACUGUUUUGCUAGAAACCUGAGCACCUACAGCAGAAAGUACCAGUACUAUCCCAACAAACGGUGCAGCGGGAGCGCCCCCCGUUGCUGAGAGCCCCCUCUUCCCUGGAAGCUGGGCCACAUGAAGCUGAGUUUCCUUCUUUAACAUUUCGCUCCCUACUGGAGCCAAGUUCCAUGGCAACGAAGAAAACACCCCCAUCCCUCCUAGAGGCAAGGCAGGAGCCCCUCUAUCCCCACCCAGAAUGAGGUGCCCGCAGCCUGGGCAUGUCUGACUGGUCCCUUUCCCCUGCUUCUCUGGGCAGCUGGAGAUGUCCCCAGUUGCACUGAUCUCCUCCAAGUGCAACUUCCU